AGGCCCGAACUUCGCGUCCACGCAGUGACAGUUGUCAUUGUGUGUUAAGGUACGUGACCUUCGGUCUAGAACUUCAUCCUGGUUGUCUACUGAAGUGAUCAUCUACAAAACUUUGUAAAAUGCUGCGGACCACAUUUUGCAGAUGCGCUACACAGAUGAAUCUCACACAGCUGAGGACUUUAUUUGUUUUUCUCCCUAGGCCUCAGCUAACAUGUGACAGCUUCCCUACUCAGCUGGACCAUCCUGGACAAAGUGGUAAAUUACCAUUGAGAAAUGCCAUUCAAUCUAAGAUGAGUGACAGAAGUCAUUUGGUGGUCAGAAGAGGCUUCUGUUCUAAGCUUGAGGAAAGCAGACUGCAGCCAGAAAAGGUAUCUGAGACACAGACUGCACAUCCUAAGACGAUAAAGACAAAUUUUCGAAUGUCAGAACUUAGACCUUCAUCCUUUGAUAAGAAGAUACUACUGUGGUCCGGACGAUUUAAAAAGGAAGAAGAUAUACCAGAAAUGAUAUCCUUCGAGAUGCUUGAUGCAGCAAGAAACAGAAUUCGAGUGAAAGUCAGCUAUAUAAUGAUUAUUUUUACUGUACUAGGAUGUGCCGUAAUGAUUGCUUCAGGAAGAAAGGCUGCUGCUAAGCACGAGUCAGUUACUGCCUCAAAUUUGGAGAGGAAAGCACAACUGAAGAGAGAAGCAGAGAGAGAACAUGCAGCAGCUGUUAAAGCAGAAUAACUUUUGUCUGAAUUGUUAAGCAGAUCACGACAACAGAGACAGAAGUGCUAAAAGAAGAAAUGUCUUUGACAUGAAUGCUGAAGGUCUUAAUUUGCCUUCAUAGAGUAAUGACUUUUUGCAACGAUAUUGUAUGAAUAGAGAGUUUUUGUUUAAUGCUUUAGAACCAUCAGCAAACAGUUUAGUUACGUAAAUAGUCUUGCCUCAUAUUGUACCUUAACAGAACAGUCAUUUUUCAUUUAAAGAAGUUUUUGAUCUUAAAUAAAAUAAUUGUAUGAAAACAA